AUGGUCGUGUACAUAGCUGCGCAGGCUCUCUUUGAUGGCAUCAGCUCUGUGCCAUAUCUAUGGACAUUGAUCAAGACUGCGCCAUGGCUGGGAUUGCUGUACCUCGUGAAGGUCUUCUUCUCAGGUGCCAGCAACUUGAGCGAGCGAAAUAUGCACGGUAAAGUGGUGCUGGUCACGGGCGGCACAAGUGGUGUAGGUGAAGCAACAGUACGAGCACUUGCGACUCGCGGCGCACAAAUCGUCCUUCUCACCCAACACUCCCUGGGCGAUCCGUUUAUUGUCGACUAUAUUGAAGACGUCCGGAACGACACGAACAACCACCUCAUCACCGCCGAGCAGGUCGAUCUGACCUCACUGCACAGCAUACGGACGUUUGCAACGAAAUGGAUCGACAACGCACCACCGAGACGGCUGGAUAUGGUAGUACUAUGCGGCAAUACGCUCACUCCAAGCAGUAGUAAACUGCAGAGCACCUCCGAAGGGUUGGAGCUGAACUGGCAGGUCAACUAUCUGGCAAACUUUCACCUUCUCUCGAUCCUCUCCCCGGCAUUGCGCGCUCAGCCUCCAGACCGAGACGUACGCGUUGUUUUUGGAACAUGCAGCAGCUAUUUGGGCGGUGAUUUGUUGCACAUCACACAGCCCGGGCAAGGGAAAGCGGCGGCGAGUGGGAAACAGACGGGGAAGAAGGCAGGACAGACACAAGAGCCGACCAAGUUCUCGCCAGGCAAUGCGUAUGCCACGUCAAAGUUCGCUCUUACAACCUUUGCUGUGGCAUUUCAGAAGCAUCUGGCGGCGCACAAGCGGUCGGAUGGCAUGCCGAAUAAUACAAAGGUUCUGCUGGCAGAUCCUGGUUGGUGYAGGACUCCAGGUACUCGAAGAUGGCUCACCUUUGGGUCACUAUUUGGCUUGCUGCUCUAUCUAAUUACCUACCCGCUGUGGGUGCUGGUGCUCAAGUCGCCGGAUAUGGGCUCCCAGAGCUUCCUCUUUGCCUGUAUGGAGGAGAAAUUUUCGCGUGCUGAAGGUGGAAUCCUGAUCAAGGAGUGCAAAGAGCGCAAGUUUCUGAGGGAUGAAGUGGAGGAUGAGGAUGUACAGAAGAAGCUGUGGGAGUAUAGCGAGCAAAUGGUGCAAGAGGCUGAGAAGCGCGGUGCGCAGGAGCGGGCGAGGGCUAAGAAGGAAGCUGCGGAUAAAAAGGAUGAGGAAGAUGCUGUGAAGGAGAUGAAGGAUUACAAGGAGAAGGUUGGUAAGAAGGAUGGUCAGAAGCAGGAUGGCAGCAGGCGGAGUAAGAAGGGCUGA